AUGGGUCUUCAGGUCCCUCUUCAGGGCAAACGUCCGUCAGGUGUUAGUCUGGGUGUGGCCUUGGUCCUCCAUCAGGUGAGCCUGUCAGUCAGGUGUUUGUGGUGGGCUCAGUCUGAGGAGGUGGAGCAGAGGUACAGGGAGCUGCUGGACCUCCUGCAGGUGUACUGGGACCAGGUGAGCUCAGAGAGGAUGGACCAGCUGGACUCAGACUGUAGACUCAUCCUGGACCAACAGCUCCUAACACGAGAGCAAGGCAUGCUGGGAGUUAGCACCAGCCUUCAGUUCCAGGAAGCUCUGAGGGAGUCCAGGUGUGUGAGCAGGGAGACAGAUUUAGAGCUCCGCCCCCACGCUGCCCGACUGUUUGCCUGCAGAGAGGACGUCUCACUGAGCUACCUGAGACUGGAUCACCUGGUGCUCUGCUACAACCAGGUUCUGAGUGGUGCCCUGCAGGGGGAGCUUCCUCUGAUCCAGGAUCAGCUGCAGGAGAUUAAUGAACACCUGUCUGAGCUGCAGAGGACCACCUGGAGCUCUGAAGGCGUUCAUCUGCUGGUGGAGCAGCAGAGAGAGAGAGUUCUAGCUGUCUACUCCACUGUGAGCGAGGCCAGAGCCAACAUGGCCGCCAUCUUCCAGAUCAUCCAGGGCUGGGCGGAGCUUCAGCUGCUGCAGUGCUCAUGUGACUCACUGCUGGAGGGCGGGGCCUCAGACGAGAGCUGUAGACGCCUCAGAGAGGAGGGGGCGGAGCUGCUCAGGUUAACACAGGUGAACAGGAGUCUGUACGGGACUGAAGACUCAGCUGAGUCCUGGAUCAGAUACUUAGACCACAUCGAUGAUAAAGUCCAGGACGGACUGUUCCAGCUGCUGAUCACAACACUUCACUUCCUGUCUGACAACAUGGAUGCACAGAGUGGCGGUGGCGUGUUGAUGGCGGUCAGCCUGCGGCUGAAGGAAACAGGAAGUGUGUUUGAGCCGUCAGUGGACGUCGGCCUCUCUGACUUCCUAAAGAGCAUCAUCAAUGAUGUUUACGCUGUGGCCGGUCUACCACCCAGGAUCUCCGUCAGUCGCCACGGCAACUACCAGGUGUCUCUGCGGCAGCACCCUGCUCUCCAGGAACUAGAACAGGAAGUGAUGUGUCACCUACAGCAGGUGAAGGAGGAGGCGGAGCAUCUGAGGGCGGGGCUGGACAGGUAUUCGUUUCUAUGGGAGAGCGACCGCAGGGCAGUGAUGGAGGAUUUCCUGGCAUACGGCAGACAGCUGAGAGCAGACGAGCUGGAGGCCGAGGUGACUCCGCCCACUCUGAGGGACUUCAGGAGAGAGAUCAACUCACUCCACUUGCUCAGCAGAGACGCGUCUCACCUGGAUGAUGUCAUCACUCUGCAUGGCUGGCUGCAGGUCGACCUUCGACCUUUCAAAGAGUCGCUGCUGUCAGUCAUCCUUGUUUGGGAACACCUGUACACCGAUUACCUGCUGGACUGGUGCACCGACAGUCUGCAGCAGGUGAAGCUCCAUGGUGAUGAAGAUGAAGACUCCUCCCCCUCGUCACAUUUGUCUCUGACAGAAACCAUUGUCCUGCUGGAAUCUGUGGGAGUGACGGUACCUGAACACCUGUCAGCUCAACUACAGGGUUGAUGGUCUGAAGAGGAACCAGAACCUCCUGCUGGAUUGUUCCACACCUUCAUAAUAAAUAAAGCUGUGAGCAGCAGAUUAGAGGUGUGUUGUUUUAAAUCUGUAGAUGGUCAGACCUCCUAAUCCUGACUCUAAUAAUCCACUCUAGUCUAAUCUGGCCCACACAGCACAAGUUUUCUGGAUCCUGGUCCCACGUUUCCCCUGAAGUCUUGUGGCGCCUCCCAGUGGAGGCUGUCCUCACACUCAAGAACAGCUGAUUCUGUAGAGACCAGGGGCCUCAUUUAUAAACGCAGCGCACGCACAAAAGAAAGCGUACGUCACUUGUAAGUAACGUUUGGGAUUUAUAAAAAACAAACUUGAUGGGAAAAUGUGCGCACCUCCACGGCAGCUCUGACCCUGCCGUAUGCAAAAUAUCUGGAUAAACAGGAAACUGACCUGAACAGUAGAAGGAUGAAAUUAAGGACUUCUAUGAAAUUGAUACAUUUGUGUGAAAUAAUCAAAUAUUACACAUUUCACAGCACAUAUCAUAUAUGAGGGAUAUAUUUGCAAAAACGAAAAAAAAAAGAAGAAAAAUUUACAUUGAUGCCAGAGGGAGUGCGCAAACGCACGCACGCACUCAUGCCCACACACAUAGCCUUUAUUAUGGACUCAAUCAUGUUCUGUCAGUGUGAAACAAACCCUACAUGUUAUUAUGACAUCCAUAUAUAUAUAUAUUUAUUUAUUUUUAUUUUUAUUUUUAACUGUAAUAUUUCAUGUCUGUAACUCUGUUCAUUGUGCUGUUGCUCUUCUUGUCCAGGACACUCUUGUAAAUGAGAUUUUUAAUUUCAAUGAGGUUUUCCUGAUAAUAUAAAAAUAAAUAAUACACAAGAAGGUGGACAGUAACCGUGCUCCCAAAAUGUGCCAUACAAAUAAAGUUUUACAUUUAU